CCGGGAGGGCGCAGCGGUUCCGGGCGCUGAGGAGCGGGCCCGGGGCGCCGGCCGCGGCCUGCCCUGCCCCGCCAUGGCGGCCCCGCGGCUGGAGCCCGAGCUGGCCCGGCAGCUCUUCUUCGAGGGCGCCGCCGUGGUGGUGCUGGGCGUCCCCGAGGGCACCGAGUUCGGCAUCGACUACAGCACCUGGGCCGUGGGGCCCCGGUUCCGCGGCGUCAAGAUGAUCCCGCCGGGCCUCCACUUCCUACACUGCAGCGCGGGGCGGGCGGGCGGCGGCCGGGAGACUGGCCCCCGCACCGGCUGCUUCCUCAGCCUGCAGCGGCGGGAGGUGCGGGUGCUGCGGUGGGACCCCGCCGGCGAGGCGGUGGGGCUGGCGGCCGCGGGGGAGGCCGAGGCCUUCCGGGAGAACCUGCAGGAGAUGGACCCCUUCCUCGGGCCCUACCCCUACGAGACGCUGAAGAAGUGGGUCUCCCUCACCAGCUUCAUCAGCGAAGCUGCUGUGAAGCAGCUGCAGCCGGAGAGCGGGUGGAUCUGCGCCUUCUCGGAGGUGCUGCCGGUGGUGGCCGGGCGGCACACCCAGGACCGGGCAGAGCAGCACCUGCCCCGCUUCGACGCCGAGUGCCGGAGCUACGCCGAAGGCAUGGCGCGGCUGCCCCAGAUGAAGCCGAGAGCCGGCACUGAGAUCCGGUUCACGGAGCUGCCGAAGCAGAUGUACCCCGACGGUGCUACGCCGGAGGAGAUCACCAGGCACAGCAUGGACCUCAGCUACGCGCUGGAGAAGGUGAUUAGCCAGCGGUACGCCAGCCAGCCUCUGGAUCUGCUCGCUGAGUUGCAGUUUGCUUUCGUCUGCUUCCUGAUCGGGAAUGUAUAUGAUGCAUUUGAGCACUGGAAAAGACUCUUGAACAUCCUGUGCCGAUCUGAAGAUGCCAUAGGGAAGUAUCAAGACCUUUACAUCAAUCUCAUUUCUGUGCUGUAUCACCAGCUUGGUGAAAUCCCAGCUGAUUUUUUUGUGGACAUUAUUUCUCAGGACAACUUUUUAACCAGCACCUUACAGGUGUUUUUUUCCUGCACGUGCAGCGCUGCUGUUGACGGGACCCUAAGGAAAAAAGCUGAAAAAUUCAAGGCUCACCUAACGAAGAAAUUUAAAUGGGACUUUGAGGCGGAGCCUGACGACUGCGCUCCUGUAGUGGUAGAACUUCCUGAGGGCGUGCAGAUGGGCUAAGCAAAAUGGCCGCUUCGGAACAAACAGCUUUUUAAAAUAACUCUUUCUCCACAUUUUCUCCAGCCUUGCAAGCUUCCUAGAAGCUGACUCCAGUUUCUGCUCUAGAAGCAGAUGUGGAAAACCCAGGAGGAUUCCUAACUUCGCGAGGAGACCAGAAUUAAUGGAAGAGUUUGAGUAUUGUCACACAGCUACUUCGGACACCUUGGUUUUUACCCUCGCUCUUUGGCAACAUCUCCUCAUUCUGUACUCAGCUGACCUCUAGAUCCCUGGUGCCUUCUGUCCUCCUGGGCUAGAGGUGACACGCUGUUUGGAGAGCAUCUGUGGUUCACACUUGAAGCCUUUGCUGCUCCGAUUUGGUACCUCCUGAGCGAGGAGCGUAAGCUCACACGGCUGGUCGUUGCAGCUUUUGACGGCCUGAACUCGGGCUGCGAACUGAAUUCUGCUCUUCCCAGGCUUGUGUUACAGGGACGUAACCACAACUCUUUCGAACCUGUGGUGGACGUUUGUGCUGCUUACCGUGAUUUAUUGCCAUGGUCUGUUGUGGAGAAGGACACGCAGCAAAACUCCUCCCAUUUCAUACCCCCCGUACUGAGGUAUCUUAUUCCUCCCACUCUGUUAAAGCCUUUUGUAUUUACUCUCUGUUUAGCCUGAUGUAAAAUAAAGUUAACAGUUUGCUAACAAGAAAUAGAGUUACGGGACAGUAGUUAUCCAGGUCUUGAAGAAGACAGCCAGCACGAGACUUCCACGUGAACUGGGUGCUCUGUUUUGUUAUAAUUGGAAAUCCUACGUAUUUUCACUGGUGACAGCCUCUUCCCAUGGCCCAGCCCCCAUUUCCCACAGGUGGGCUGUGAGAAAGCUGGUGGUGCUCGUUCCGAGCUGCACAGGUUCUUGGUCCUACCACGUAUUUGUUCCUUUCUCGGCCGUAAGACUCCUUCAGAAAUUUGUCUGUCUGCAUGUCUAACACGGUAACGCUCUUUUGUUGGUCUUUUAUGGUUCAAAAUAAAACUCGGGAGCGCCUUGCCUGUGAA